AUGUUCCGCAACCUCAACAGAAUGGCUUCCUCAAUCAAAUCGGCGGGGUGCCUUAUCAUUGGCGACGAGGUCCUUAAUGGCAAAAUCCUAGACACAAACUCGUUUGAGUUUGCCAAGUACUGUUUCAAAGAGUUGUCGAUCCCAGUGAAGAAAACAGUGGUAUGUGGAGACGACGCCGACGAUAUCAUUCGUUCCCUCAAGGUGCUUACUGACGAGAAUUGUGAUUUCAUUGUCACUUCUGGAGGCAUUGGCUCGACUCAUGAUGAUAUCACCUACGAAGCAUUGGCUUCUGCGUUCCACGUUCCGUGUAAAUUGGACGAGGAAACCGUCAACAGAAUGCAGAAACUAAGGGGCCCCUUCUUGUCUUCGUUAGGAGAGUCGGAAUUGAAAGCGUUCUAUAGGAUGGCAACGAUACCUCAGCCGUCAGAAACUACCAAAGUGCUGAAACUAUUUAUUGACGAGUCUCUUUGGGUGCCGAUAGUUGGGAUCAAUGAACGCAUUUUUGUCUUGCCUGGUGUUCCUCAACUAUUCAAACGUCUCUUGUUUGGAUUGGGCGAGUCAGUGAAGCCUAGAUGUGCAUCCCAGAGCUACACACGCUACUUUGUCAAAACGAAGAAGUUUGAAUCAAAUAUUGCUCCAUUUUUGGGUGACAUACAAAAGAGAUGCGACGACACUCACGGGAAGCGAAUCAAGAUCGGCUCAUACCCUCAUUUCGGUUGGGGCGUCGUUACCGUCAGUAUCAUUGGUGACAGGUCUGUUCCCAAGCAGGACUUGCGGAAGGUUGUCGAUGAAAUUGUCAAUACUGUGAAUGGAGAGGAAAUCACAGCGGAGGAAGAAGAUCACCUUACCGUGGAUGACCCCAGCCCGAACGACAAGUAG